GGCUACUCCCCUUUCCUCCCCCCAACACUUUUUUUUUUCUAAAGAGAUCACAAGGAAGUCUUGGUUUAAAAAGAAACAGAAACAUACACAGGGGUGGUGAAUUGUGCAGAGCGAGGCUAUCGCAGUUGGAAGCAAUUUUUUGGGGGGGGGAUUCGCAUCUAUGGAGUUACUUUGUAUCCACUCCUAGACUGGAGGAGGCAUCUGAGGAGCCGGCGGGGUUUGGUCCCCAGCUGUGUUUGGGGGUCUUUGCCGGGUGGUUUUCUUUUUUAUUUUUGCAAUGAUAAGUGGCUGAUGAUCUGCCUGCUGCUGUCUCCGUGCCCCCUCCCCCAAGGUGUUUUAAUUUCGGGAGCAUCCCUUUCUCCCUCCCCCCUGCCCUUCCUGUCCUCCUAACCUGAGGGGAUAUCAACUCCCGAGGACGCCUCCCCGUAAGGUAAAACCGAACUGGAGCUGCUGUUGCUACUGCUGCUGCCGCCGCUGCUGCUGAUGGAAGAAAAGAGGCGAAAAUACUCCAUCAGCAGUGAUAACUCAGACACCACUGACAGUCACACCACCUCCAAUUCAAGAUGUUCCAAGAUUCCCACCAACAAGCCCAGUUGGCCCAGGCAAAAAGAGAAGAAGCCGUCAGAGGUAUUCCGGACAGACCUGAUCACAGCCAUGAAAAUCCCGGACUCUUAUCAACUCAGCCCGGAUGAAUACUAUAUCCUGGCAGAUCCCUGGCGGCAGGAGUGGGAGAAAGGUGUGCAGGUGCCAGCAGGCACAGAGGCUAUCCCUGAGCCUGUGGUGAGGGUCCUCCCUCUGCUGGAGCAUACCCCUGGCCAGAUCUCCCCAAGCAGCCUGUCUGGCUCUGAGCUCAGCGAGGUCACCAGACCUUAUUCCCGCUAUGACCUGGACGAGAUUGAUGCUUACUGGCUGGAGCUUGUCAACUUGGAGCUGAAGGAGAUGGAAAAGCCAGAGUUGGACGAGAUGACCAUGGAGAGGGUGCUGGAGGAGCUAGAGACCGUGUGCCACCAGAACAUGAAUAUGGCCAUCGAGACCGAGGAAGGGCUGGGCAUUGAGUAUGAUGAGGACGUCGUGUGUGAUGUGUGCCGCUCACCGGAGGGCGAGGAUGGCAACGAGAUGGUGUUCUGUGACAAGUGCAAUGUGUGUGUUCAUCAGGCCUGCUAUGGAAUCCUCAAAGUCCCCACGGGAAGCUGGCUUUGCCGGACUUGUGCCCUGGGUGUCCAACCCAGAUGUCUGCUCUGCCCCAAAAGGGGGGGAGCCCUGAAACCAACACGGAGCGGGACCAAGUGGGUACAUGUCAGCUGUGCCUUGUGGAUACCUGAGGUCAGCAUUGGAUGCCCAGAGAAGAUGGAACCAAUUACCAAGAUCUCACACAUCCCUGCAAGCCGGUGGGCCCUGUCCUGUAGUCUGUGUCGGGAGUGUACAGGGACAUGUAUUCAGGUUAGAAAUCUGUGCUACAUGGUGACAAGGCGAGAGAAAAUGAAACACUCCAUCUGCAAACUUCAGGAACAAAUAUUCCACCUUCAGAUGAGACUUAUUGAAAAGGAUCUUUAUCGAGAACAACCUGGGAAGAGAAGCAAGGGGAAGAAGAAUGACUCCAAAUGGAAAGGAAGGGAUAGCAGGAAGGCCAGCCCUGAAAAGAAAGAGAAAAUGAAGCCAGGCAAUGAGUUGGUCCUGGGGCAGCUCGCUGGCUUGUCCACCUCUUUCCCCAUCGAUGGGACCUUCUUCAACAGCUGGUUGGCCCAGUCGGUGCAGAUCACUACAGAGAACAUGGCCAUGAGUGAGUGGUCCCUGAACAAUGGGCACCAUGAGGACAACACAUCUGGGCUCCUCUCUGAGGAGCUGCUCCAGGAUGAAGAGACCUUAUUGAGUAUCAUGAUGGACCAUUCCCUAAAGUCUCCCUUCAAGCACAGCGACACCACCAAGAAGGCCCAGAGCAAAGCAAGGCCAGCAAAUAAGAAGAAGGUCCCUCGGGACAGCCUUGGCUCCCUGCUCUCAGACCACCCAGAGGACUCUGGCCAGCGGACUACCCCACCAGACCACACCGUGAAACCCUUGAACCAUGACUCGGGGAAUAGCAAGGCCACUCGUGGGGCGACCAGGAUACCUACAGAUCGUAAAGGAGCCAGUGGGGAGGUCCGGAAGACUCCAAAAAGGGGGCCUUCUAACCACUCUCCCAGCCCCAAAGCCCAUGACUCCAGUGUCCUAGCGGGCUCACGGAGCUCCCCACACGAGGACAAGGAGACUGUAGACGCAACCCCGCUUGAGACUAACAGCCCACUUCAAGUGCCUGGCUCGUUGGGGAGUCCAAAAACAGUAGUGAGGUUUAGAUUGCCAAAGGAGGGCAGAGAGACUAAGAAGCUGCCGAAUCCAAAGCCUGAGGCGAUGAACAGACCUCCAUCAGGGGAAAGGCCAAAGGUCACCUUGCACUUUGACAAUGAGACCGAUGGCUACUUCUCCGACGCAGAAAUGAGCGACUCUGACUCAGAACCAGGGAGUGGCAGGGUUCAGCUAAGCCAGAAGGAUUCAGGAAACGAGGAGGUAGUCAGAAUGAGCGUUUUGGCAUCCUAACUCAACCAGAUAACCAACUGUGACAGUUCUUAAGAGGCCUAAACCCAGUUACAACUGCCAUUUUCAAUUUCUGCCUGGUAUCAUAUAACAAAGGGGUUCCAUUCUUGGUGGGGUGGGAGUUUUCCAUUUGUUUUAUAUAUAUAUAGUUUAAAAUUAAGCACCGUUGUCUUUCUCUCCUUUGUAUGCUGGACAUAGGACAUAAAAGCUUCCACUCCCCUGACCUGGGUGACAAGAGUUGUCCCUUUUAAUAAUUUAACUUCAAUAAUUUAACCCAGUGAAGCAAAAUGCCAGACACGGGCAUUCAGGGACUGGAGGUUCUGGCCCCAUUGGGGGUCACCCAAGGCAUCAAUACAAGAGGUCUGAUAUUGCCAGUACCCAUUGUUUCUGCAGGGAUGACAGUCUUAUGGGCAUUAUUUCAAGGCAAAGACAAGUAAACUCAUUUCCUGCUUUGCCCAGGGUUCAGCACCCAGUCCAAAGGCUGGGUCAGGAGUCAGGUUCCAGGGGUAUAGCUGAACCCCUCUCCACAGCAAGGCAACACCCCCCAACACCCAAGGAAGUAGAAUAAGCGAAACCUAAUACAGAACUAACUUUUUUAAAGCACAAAGAGCUUAUUUGAAGAAAGCACUUAAGGGUGGGGGAGAACACUCCUUUAACAGAAGCCUUGUCAAUUUGUUGCUCUCACCUUUUCCAGUUCGAUCUGCUUCCAUGCCAAGGCUGAGGGCCGACCCUUCGGCCAGCCACCCCUUUCUUCCCAGCACUGUGCCUGAGUGGCCAUAGGAAUUAACCAGAGGGAAAAAACAUCCCACAGGCAGGGCUCCCAGCCCUUGGCUUCAAGAGACAUUUACUCAGGUGAAUCCAUUAGCCAAAAUGGGACCAGGGAGGGGGCUGGGGGAAAAGGUCAAGGCAUUCACUUUGCAAAACAGGAAAAGAAUAAACAUUUAAAACUUGAAUGCGUUAACUGUAAAAGCAAAGUCUCCUUCCUGGAACAGGUGACAACUAAAGUCUCCUUGUAGUCCCUGUCCUGCGUAUUGGAAAGCAAGUCAGAUCGUUGGCCUUGGAGCAGUUUCUAGUCUCACUAAGACUACAAGUUUCUUCCUUCAGUUUCUUUUGGAAAAAUGCUCCUACCUACAAGCCUACGAACUCCUUGGGGAAAUAGAAAGGGGAGGGUUGAUUCAUUGAAGUCAGUAUUCUAAAACCUACAAGAUUUUCAUGCAUAGAAAUGCCCCUUCUAAGCCUUAAAAGUUUUUUAAAAACCCACGAUGAUACCUAUGAGUCAGGCAAGUUUCUGUGUUUGCACUUAACCCACCCCAUCCUUUAAGUUCUGGCUUCCAAGGUCACAGUUGAUUUGCGCUAAUGUAUUUGGUUGGAGUGACCCCAGGGUGAUUGACAGCUCAGGGAACAAAAACAACAACAAAAUUCAGUGAAACUUUUUUGUUUUAAUUUUUUAUUUUUAAGAAUUACACCUGGGACACUUCUUCAACUGGCAAAACCAGAACUUUUCAAACAAGAACCUUGCAAAUGUCAAAUGAAUCAGUUGAAUAAUUUUGUGGAUGCCAAAGAAUCUUUUGACAAUAACACAGCAGCACAGCCUGGACCCAGAAAUUGGUCACUUGGAAUUUUUUUUUUUUUUUUUUUAAGAAAUGGAGCUAUUUGGCAACAAAGGAGUUAGAAAUACGUUGAUAGCAUGUAACCGAGGCAUCAGAAUCCAAGCUUUCUGCAGAGGAUGCUUUUCUUUCUUUUCUUUCUUUCUUUGCCACUGGAAUGGUACAGACCCUGGUGUUUUGAUUUCUGAUGCUUGGCAUAGUCCAUUCAGAACUUUCUGAGACUCACAGGUUGGGGAGAAACUGACAAUGAAACCAGCGAGGAAAAGUCCUGGUUCCCAAUCAUGUGGUUCACCCACAAACCAGAAGAGUGAUGAUCGAUUGGAAACAUGGUUAAAAUCCUGACUCUUCGCAACAAACCUGCCACCAUGUGUGCAUUGACUGCACGUUUGUUGGCCUUUCAGUAAAUUUCAUAUGGGUCUUUAAAGCCAAAAAAAAAUGUCAACAAUGACAAAUUUUGGUGUGCAAGUCUCCAACUUCUGUGGAAUCUAGGGGAGAGAAUUAAUGGAUUCAGAAGGUUCAGUGUGUUCUGAUAAUGUUAAACACAGUAAUAGGAUUUAGUUUUAUCUUCAACAGGCUUGGUAGGCAUUAGUACCGUAUCCUAGUAUAAUGAGUCAAAACAAUAAUCAAUCUGCUGCCUUUUAAUGGACCUUGCUUCCGUGUACUUCAGUUCAGCUAUGAUUAGCAAACCGUCUCACACAAAUCCCUGUACACAGCUUCAUUGGCCUGCAACCUCAUCUCUUGCCUGAUCCAUACCAGACACUCAAAAGGGACUGACUUAAAGAACAACCAAAAUUAGCAGCUAGGCAGCUUGGGGUUUUGUGGGAGAGGGGAUGGAGGUGGGUUGCAGAGGAAGAUUGGAUUUCCAAGGGACUUGGGUAUGUCCUAGGUCUUGUAUGAUAAUGUAUAUGUGCCCUGGGGAGCUAAAGGAUGCUUCUCUUUGGGGAGGGGGCCGGGGAAAGUAGGGUGUUAGUUUGAGUGCCAGUUCUCUCCUUGGAGGAUCUGGAAGUCUCAGAUAUUGGAAACCCAAGAACUUGAUGGACGGAGGAGUAUAGAGAGGUGGGCAGCGAAUCUGGGCCAAACCAUAAGAUUGGUACCAUGCCUUAGAUUGGUGGUAACACUUCCUUAAGGUACUAGGCACACAGACAGGGUGGUUUGCUCACACUUCAAGUGACCUGGACCCUUUGUAACUACCUUCCCAACCCAACUCAUGUAGGAGGAAAGGAGGGAUCAACCAGGAUGUGGCCUUGUUCUUAGAAUCCAGUCAGCAAUUUUGCGUUGCUUAACUUAAUAAGUUAUCAAAUGAGAGAAAACAUUUAGGGAAUUGAAUAACAUGUAAGCAAGAAGGAAGGGGAUAUAACUCCUCUGAAGUCACCUUCCGUGUCUAUUUCCAGCUCUAAGCUGGUUUCUUGACCCUGAGCAUGGGGACACUCUCUCUCUCUCUCUCUCUCUCUCUCUCUCUCUCUCUCUCUCUCUCUCUCUC